AUGUCUCACCAUCGACGCACGCCCAGUUCGAGCGUGGGUGCCUCGUCUCGCAGCCGUGGAGAGCUGAGCACCCUGCUCGAGACGCUGCACAUGCCCGAGACGUCGUCAAACGAACGCAUGUAUGCUCUCGUGCAACUGGAGCAUAUCGUCUCGCAACGUGUUCUACAUGAUUUGCCGCAUGUCAAGCAGCGGGCGCAGGAGAAUGGAACUCGCCGUGCGAUGUUCUUUAUCCAACUAGAACGCUGCUGUGACUGGUCUGCAUACCAUCACGGCGUCAAAACGCACCUUGCUGAGCACCUACUCGACCUGCUUGGCCGACUGCACCUUACCCUUCAGGGCACCUAUGCCUCGGAGGAGGGCCAUUCGAUUGCCUCGGAAAUGGGCUGUACGAUGUCGAUCCUACAGGGCAUCUGCCUUACAAAUGAUGCUAGUCGGCAACUAUGCUCGUCGAAAAGUUCCUUGGCUCUUCUUUUAGCGAUCGCCAAGGCCGAGUACUGUCGACAGCAGCCUGAUUCCACCGCCCUGGGCCUCCUUGUACCCCACACACUUGAUACCCUUAUGUGCAUCCUCGUGGACGCUCCCUCGGACGUGCGCCGCUCAUUCGAACAGGCUCACGGUCUCUCUAUCGUGCGGCGUAUUAUGAACACGCACAAAUCAGUACCGCCGACAAGCCACACUACCCAUGCCAAGUGCAUCGAGUUCCUCCUGUUCUAUCUCCAGGCGAAGGAAUUCGAGCAGCAGGCGGCUCAGCAGCUCACAGGGAACGCGGCUCUCUCGGUAUUCCAACCGCCUGAAGCUCCAACACCCAAACCCAAGCGCGGGCAUGCACGCUCGCGAUCUGCCAUCACAGCUACACCCUUCUACUCGCCCGCGGCGACGCCCCUUUCCAGGCACCGUGUGAUGUCCUAUGGCUCGCCUACGAAGCACGUAUCCAAAGGCGUUCCUACUAUGUUGCCUGAAUCCAAUCCAUUCCUUCUUGCCAAGUCGCGCGACGCUCCUCACGACCCUACCAUCCGCACGGCGUCGCGCUCUCUCGAGCCAGAGGCGUCGCCCGUGCGCCGAGACAUAGGCCCUCCCUAG